AUGCUAUUUCUACUCUGCGCAUGGUAUCUCUUCGACGCCCACUUCAAUGUCGCCCAAGGAGGUUCCCUCGAGACCAGCGUCGAUAAGAAGCCAUGGCGACAUGAGUCAACGGAAGCGGCAGGAAAGCAAGAGGUAUACGAGCAGGAAGGUGCGCAUGGAGGCGCGAAAGGAGAAGCAUCAUCGACCUCCACGUCCUCUCAACAUAUAAGCAUAUCGACGGAAAGCACUGCGGCUGCGACACCUACCCCGUCGCUACCCGAUCGCGUCGUGGUAAUGGCAAAGCUUCCCACCGACGAAACAGAUUGGGUGCAUACCGAUCUACCAGACUGGCAAGCGGCCAUCUAUGACAUCGAUACCGAAACUCCACACGACAUAUCGAACCUGGAUCCGAUGACUAACAGCACUCUACGCACCCUCCGGAACAAAGGAAUGGAAGCAAAUGCGUACCUUGCGUACAUCGUACAGAACUACGACAACCUGCCUUCAACAAUCGCGUUCAUACAUCCACACAAGGACGGCUAUCCAAUCGCAUGGCAUACCGACAACCAAGAGCACUCUAACGUCGUCUCUCUGCAAAGCCUCAACAUCAACUUUAUCCAGAGCAAUGGCUACGCGAAUCUGCGUUGCGUCAACGAUCCCGGCUGUCCGCACGAAGUGGUGCCGUUUCGCGAUCCGCCUGAGGAGCAUCGAACAAUCGAAGCAGCGAUGCCGGACGCGUGGCGAGACUUGUUCAACAACACGGACGUACCGCAUGUACUGGCGACGCCUUGCUGCGCGCAGUUUGCCGUGUCGAGCGAGCAGAUACGAAAGCGGUCGUUGGACGAAUACAAAACGUUCUACACUUGGCUGAUGGAAACGCCGCUGAAGGAUGAGACAAGUGGGAGGGUGUUCGAGUACCUUUGGCACAUUCUGUUUGGGCAGGAGCCCGUUUAG